AUGUGGCCGGAUGGCCUUCUUUGCCGACUGCUCCUUUCAUUGGCUCUUGUAGCGCUUGUGGACGCAAGUGAUGUCUUUUGUGGAAAUCUAACCAUCUACAAACAGAAAUGGUUCUCCAAAGAGGCCCAAACCUUGGCCGCACAGAGAGCGCCCGACUUAAAAUCAUGCCUCGACGCUUGUUGUGCCAUCCAAGGUAAGAUUACACUUUUUUACAACGCUUCGGGCGUCUUAAACCGGUUUAGGAAUCCUAUCCGAGGCAAGAAAAUGAAAUCUGAUAUUCGUUUUUCGGAAUUUUAUGACUUUCCACCGAAGAGGAAGACUUGACUCGGGCCUACAAUGUUGGGUCACGUCUUUCUCUCCGGAGAUAAAAUGUCAUCAAAAGCGAAGAUUUGAAAAAAAUAUGAAUAGACAGUUCGACCUUUGGAGAAUCGUUUAAUUUUAAUGGUUUCAGUCUGUAAUGCCGUCACUUUUAUGGGAUUUUUGGGCAAUUCGUCGUCGGUCCCUUCCUCCAAUUGUGUUCUGUUCCAAUGUUCCGAUGAUUGUAUCGCCGUGGAUGAGCAUGAAGCGGCAGAAGGAGUGGUCAGUGUCGUGAUCAAGAGAAAAGAAGAGGCGAUCAGUCAGAAAGUGAGUGAUUUUAUGGAUAAAAAUUACAUAAAGAUUAGUUCUGGUAUAGUAAACUACUAA